AGCCUCCGUCCGAAUGUGCCCUCUCCGUCAGUGAACGGUUUAAAAUGAAGCCGAGGAGGCGCCGGGUUUUGCGGAGGAGAAGAAAAGGAAACUGUAAAAGUGGAGCUGGUAUCUGCCAAAGCCUCGUUUAGAGAUGACGCUGCUGAAACAAUCUUAGUAUCCAAACGCAGAGGGCCGUGGUGAAGAAGGGCCCGAGCUGUUAGCAUCGGUGUAAUGUGGGAGAGCCGCCGUAACCCGGUGCCUGCGUCAUUCAUUUUAGCUAUUUAUUCCAUUCUGAAGCGGGAAUUCAGAUAAAGGACUUAAUUUUAGAUAGAUUAACUUAUAGUUUAUUUAAUGACGAGUUGUUUGUAGUUUAAUUUGUUCGCAGUUUGUAGGUUUUACAUUUAACUGGCAGAAAAGGAAUGUACAAUACAGUGUUAACGGCGGAGAAAUCCGUGGAGGACGGAGACUGGCGGGACGUAAAGAUGCCCUACUCUACCGAGCUGAUCUUUUACCUGGAAAUGGACCAACCGCCAGCUCUCCCUCCAAAAUCAGCCAAGUCUCAGCUGUCUUCAUCAGGUGUGAUGGGAGGAGGCAGCAGUAACGGUGCCAUGGAGGGAGGAGAAGGAGGCUCUCUGCAGGAGGCUGAGUGGUACUGGGGAGACAUUUCCAGGGAGGAGGUGAACGAUAAGCUCAGAGACACGCCUGAUGGGACCUUCCUUGUUCGAGAUGCUUCCACCAAGGUGCAGGGCGACUACACACUCACGCUGAGGAAGGGAGGCAACAACAAGCUGAUAAAGAUCUACCACAGAGAUGGGAAGUACGGGUUCUCCGACCCGCUGACCUUUGGCUCUGUGGUGGAGCUCAUCAACCACUACCGACACGAGUCUCUGGCUCAGUACAACACCACGCUGGAUGUCAGGCUCCUGUACCCCGUCUCACACCUCCAGCAGGAUCAGCUGGUGAAGGAGGACAACAUCGAUGCUGUGGGGAAGAAACUGCAGGAAUAUCACAAUCAGUAUCAGGAGAAGAGCAAAGAGUACGACAAGCUGUAUGAAGAACACACAAAGACCUCACAGGAUAUCCAGAUGAAGCGGACGGCCAUCGAGGCCUUCAACGAGACCAUCAAGAUCUUUGAGGAGCAGUGCCACACCCAGGAGCGCUACAGCAAGGACUACGGCGAGCGUUUCUGUUGCGAGGACAACGACAAGGAGAGGGAGAGGAUCAUGAUGAACUACGAGAAGCUGAAGUCUCGCCUCGGAGAGAUACACAACAGUAAAGACCGGCUGGAGCAGGACCUGCAGAUGCAAGCUAUGGACAACCGUGAGACAGACAAGAAGAUGAACAGCCUGAAGCCCGACCUCAUCCAGCUCCGCAGGAUCAGGGACCAGUACCUGGUAUGGCUCAAUCACAAAGGAGUCCGUCAGAAAAGAAUCAACGACUGGCUCGGAGUCCAGACCGAAAACCCAGAUGAAGGCUCCUCUGUGAGUGAAGAGGAGGAGAACCUGCCUCACUACGAUGAGAAGAGCUGGUUUGUUGGGAAUCUGAAGCGAACGGAGGCUGAAGAGCUGCUGACCGGGAAGCCAAGCGGAGCCUUCCUGGUCCGGGAGAGCAGCAGGAAGGGCUGCUACGCCUGCUCUGUGGUGGUGGAGGGCGAGGUGAAGCACUGCAUGAUCUACAGCACACCACGAGGCUUCGGCUUUGCCGAGCCCUACGACCUGUACGGCAGCCUGAAGGAGCUGGUGCUCCACUACCAGCACACCUCGCUCGUCCAGCACAAUGAUGCGCUCAGCGUGCGCCUCGCUCACCCCGUCUACGCUCACACUCUCUCUGUACGCAGGUGAGCCCCGUCCACCCAGAGGAGGGGCGGAGUCUGACCACACGCCACAGCGGAGGGCGUUCCUCUUAAAGACUGCUUCAUUUGCACAAGAAGGUUUAGAUGUUUGAAUGUGAGAUAAAAAACAAGACUGAGAGAAACGGAGAAGUCGAACGGCUGCUACCUAAACUCCAGCUCGGACAGCAAAGCGACAUACGUGUAGCAUAAGGAGCCGCCUGCUGCUGAUGGACAACCAACUCAAGGUUUACUUUACUUCUGCUUUGCUCACCUUGUUUUGUGCCUAUGUGUUAACGUCCCGGAUCAGAACCGGAGACCUUGUUCUGUUUCCAGUGAGGAGAAAUGAGAGGUUGUGUGUUUAAAUCCCACAUUUCUCAGAUUUGGACCACAAACCAAAACGUUUAGACUCAUCAGUCACACGCCGCAGAAGUUAUUGGACCCGGAAGUUCUCAUUUAUUUGUAGUUUAGUCACCAGACCCACAACCUUCUAAGAAACUACGGAGGCUGAGAGAGCUCAAAACACUGCAAAAGUACUGCCACCUAGUGGUCAUGUUAGCGAUCACACCUAAAUUAAAGCUGCAGUCCUUCUAGUUCCCCUAAACAACUCCAGCCAAUAAAAUGCCGUUUCUGCUGGAUUUGGUUCCAUCCUUUGAAACACUUCCUGCUCCACCUGGAAAGUCUCAGAUCAUAAAUGUCAGAAAACAUUUGUGGCGUUUUGAACUUUUUCUGCUAAACUCAGAGAAAAGGUGCCGCGUGGCGAGGAUGCAGCUCAGCCGUAAUCAGCUGGAACGUUUGACUCCGGACUUCCUGUUGGGCGUGUUGUUCUAAAGAACAGAAUCAGCAAAGUCUCCGCUGAAACCUCAUCGACUGAGACGGUUCAUGAAGACUACCGAAACCAGAGUCUGUUUGCUCAUUGAAAGCUACGGAUGGGAACCAGUUUGGAGUUGCUGGUUCAUCUACAUUUGGACUCUACGGUUUCCACCCGGACCUCACAGGAACACGAAACCUAAUUAGACUCGAUUCCACAGCCGAGCAGCAGAAGCCUUCCCGAUCAGAGACGUCUACACCGUGUUUGGUUGGAUCUUUGGUCCUGGACCUGGAUCCGACCGGAUCCCCUCUGAAGUGGGAUUGUUGAUGAAUGUACAAACGUUUGCGUUCAUACGGGAUCAUCUUCAGGUGCUACUGGGAUCACAGGCACAUCUGAUUGGAUCGAUAUUGCGUCUUUACCCUCAGGUGUAUUCAGGUUUUCCUACCAAGGCCGUUUGGAUAAAAACUAAACUAAUCAGGGUUUUUCUGCGUCAGUCUAACUAAGCUAAACUCUUUCUGUGGGCGUGUUCUUGCCCCCGUCACACUUUAGUAACAGUGUCUGGUUGUAGGGAAUUCCCGCUCUCCUGACUUGGAGCGCUGCUCACAGUUGAAUGUUUGUAUGAAGAGUUUAUUACAGAUGGAAGUAUUUGGUUUAGGAAGACCGAUGGGCUCCUGCACACGGAGCGUCUAGAGUUGCACACGUUUAUUUCUCCGUGAUCCGUCUUAUACAGAAAGAAUUCUAUAUUUACAGUUUUUAUGGAGCUAAACGGCUCGUUUUCACUCUUCCUGAAACAUUUGGACCAAAGAUUUUAGUUUUCAGUCUCCUUUCUCAGAAAGGGAUUUUACUCUGUAAGACCGUCACAAAGCUGAGGAAGGAAAGAGCAGGUUCAUGUUCUGGUGGAAGGAUCCAUCUCCCGUCCUUCCAAAGCGUUCCUUGUUCAAGGAAAACUACCAAACCUCAGAGUCACAGCAUUUUGCACAGAAAGACCCAGCCAGAGUUCCUUUGGUUGGUUUUCUUUGGGGAAUUAGUUUUGCACAAUCUUCAACAAAAACUGGUUGUUUUUCAGAUGUACCAUAGAAUCCUUAUAAAGUUUUAGUUGCUUGGGUUUCUCUAGUCGUCGGGCUGAAGCUGUUCCUGUGGGGUUAAAGUCGCAGCUACGGAAGCCCCGCAGCGUUUCUGUACUGGGGGUAGAGGACCUCCACUUUUCCCACCACAUCAUGCAAUAUUCCUCCUCCUGUCGCCCAGAUUUGAGAUGGGGGCAAGUGUAUCAAGCCCCGCCCACAGACCAGGUGUGGCGCUCCAACAGACGGAAAGCAAAGCGUGGGUUAGUGGGAUAAACCCAAACAGGUUUGAUCAAGUUUACUUUUCUCGACUGUUUAGAGUUUUCACUUCUGGAAACUCAGCUCUUUCUUACAAAAAUACACUCUAGGAAAUGGGUGUGGCUUAGGAGGCUCCGCCCCAGCAACAUAAACCCAACACCUGCCGCCUCGUUUGAGUGUUUGUGCUGGCCAAUAUCCCACGACUGUUAACCGCAGAAUUCCUGGAGCCAGAGCAGAUCUGCAGAGUUUUAUCUGCAGUGAGGUUUGAAUGUUUGUUGUUCUCCCCGGAGUCGUGUCGUGUUCUUACUGCUGCUGAUCCCAGCCUCUUCUAUUAAAGAACUAAAGGAUUUUUCACGUUCCCUUUUGACAGGAUUUCUGAUCCAGCAUGCAUAUUUGGUACUUGACUGUUGUUUUUUGUGUAUCAAAGAAGAAAGUUUUAAAGAUGUCUUUUGUCUCUUUGGUGUUUUCAGAUCUGAUCUAGCAUCAGCGCUUACAGCUGAAACCCAUUCUUGUCUCUGUCAGUUUAACUCAAACAACGUACAGCUGAGCCUGACCCGAUCAGUGGUUCUGCACAAGUCAGACUGUUGGUUUUGAACCCUGUUGGGCUUUGUGGGCCUGUCUGACUCUGGUGUCAGCAGUACCAGCUGCUGGGUCGCUCUACAUUCUUGUAUCGGUUGCAACUGUUUGUUGAUUGGGUUCUGAACUGGAGUCGUGUUUCAACGAAGCUCCACCAUGUUGGAUUAUUUGGCAGAAUAAAACAAUAUUUUCUUCAAAUACAAA